AUGAUCCGGAAACAGGCUCGACAACGGCGCGACUACCUCUAUCGCAAGGCGCUUAUAUUAAAAGAGGCGGAGACGACCGAGAAGCGCGCCCAGCUACGAUCUGCCCUUGCUUCUGGCAAGCCCAUCGACCCCGAAAUCGCAAAGAACAAGGCGCUGCGGAAAGACUACCAAUAUGACGAGUCGCGACCCGAUCGAACAGUCGACGAGGAGAUGGAUCUCGACGACGAAUACUCUCAAUUGUCGGGAAUCUCGGAGCCACGCCUUUUGGUUUCAACUUCAAGAGAUCCGUCUUCGAGGCUUUCAGCCUUCUCGAAAGAGAUCAGACUGCUAUUGCCUACAUCCGUUAGGCUCAAUCGUGGAAAUUUGAUUUUGCCGGACAUUGUGCAGUCUAGCAAGUCCAACGGGCUUACGGACAUUGUCCUCCUUCACGAACAUCGCGGUGUGCCAACUGCCAUGACUCACGUUUUUGUCCGGACUUCGUACGAUUCUGUCGAGCUUGCUGAGGUUGGGCCUCGGAUGACAAUGCGACCCUUCGAGAUUCGCGGUGGUACCUUGGAAAACAAGGAUGGCGAUGUUGAAUGGCACCUUACACAGUACACUCGUACUGGUAGAAAGAAGGAGUAUCUGUGA